AUGCCAUCCGAAGAUCAUGAACUCGAUGCCGACAUCAUCGGGGCCAUUGGCCCAACCGACAUUGAAGUGGCUCCAGCCAGCCAUCCCAGCAAAACAGAGGACCCAUUCCUAGUAGCAUUUGCAGUCCCCUUCGACCCAGACAACCCCAAGGAUUGGCGAUCAGGUCGGAAAUGGGCCGUCACUGACGUGCUCUCCGCGACUGGCUUCAACCGCAUCAUGGUAUCCACUAUCAUGGCCCCGGCUUUAUCGACAAUAGCCAAAGAAUUCGAUAUGAAUUCUGCUGAGUCGGCUAUGGCAUUAUCGAUUUACCUGCUAGCCACUGCAUUUGGUCCCCUGGCUAUCGGACCUUUGUCGGAAGUAUAUGGUCGGAAGCCAAUUCUACAUGCAUCGAAUAUCUGGUUCAUGAUCUGGAAUAUUGCGUGUGGAUUUGCGACUAGUAAGGAAUUGCUAAUUGCAUCAAGAUUCUUGGCGGGCUUCGGUGCUAGUGCUAUCUAUUCGCUAGCUAAUGGGGUCCUCGGUGAUGUGUGGCGGCCAGAGCAGCGUGGUCGUUCUUUGGGCAUUUAUCUGCUUAUACCUCUUCUGGGUGCAGCUGUCGGUCCAAUCAUUGGAGGCUUCAUGGCAGAGCGCACUACCUGGCGCUGGAUGUUCUGGUCAACAUCUAUCUUUCAAGCUGUGAUGAUCGUGGUUUCAUUCACUUCUUUCCACGAGACAUACGAGCCGUUGAUCCUGCAUCGUCGGGCGCAGCGUCUUCGACGUGAGACAGGUGAUUCCCGGUACUACACCGCAGAUGAACGUCUCAACGCAAACAGAUCACCCACCAGGAUUUUGGGAAGAGCGCUGGUCCGUCCACUUCGGCUUUUGACCUUCCACCCCAUUAUUCAGAUUGCCUCGCUCAUCUCCGCUUUUUAUUAUGGUAUUUUAUACAUUGUGCUAUCUACUUUCUCCGAUCUAUGGACUAAGCAAUACAACGAGUCUAUUGAGAUCAGCGGGUUGCACUACAUUGCGGUUGCAUUUGGUGAAAUUGCAGGUAGCCAGAUCUGUGCAAAAAUGAUGGAUGGCCUGUAUCAUAGACUCAAAGCCCGCGCCAAUGGUGAGCACAGUCCGGAGCUUCGCACACCUUCUAUCUUCCCAGGAGCGUUCCUUGGUCCAUUGGGUCUGUUCCUUUACGGAUGGGCAGCCCAUUAUCGCUUACAUUGGAUUAUCGUUGAUAUCGGUGUAUUCAUCACUAUGCUUGGAAUGCAGAUUACAAGCAUGCCGCUGACGGCAUAUGUUAUGGAGGCAUACCCAGAGCACACUGGAAGUGCUGGUGCUGCAAAGCAAUUCUUGUGCAGCCUUACAGCUUUUUUGUUCCCGCUUUUUGCGCCGACUAUGUACAAUGUACUCGGAUAUGGCUGGGGUAAUACCACCAUUGGACUUAUUGGCUUGUUUGUUGGGCUUCCGGCUCCAUUGAUUAUUUGGUAUUAUGGUGCUUCGUUGAGGUCUAAGGCAGGAAGAGUACAUUAG